AUGUGGGCGCCGCCGGCCAAACUCGGUAAAAAGCUCAACUCCGACGACAACGAAGCUGACGAUCCCUCAGAAAAAGAACAGCAAGAAGCAGUGGAACGUAUCGACGAAGUACAAAAUGAAAUCGACACACUUAAUGAGCAAGCCAGUGAGGAGAUUCUGAAAAUCGAACAGAAAUACAACAAACUCCGCCAGCCAUUUUUUCAGCAGAGGUCGGAAGCGAUCGCCAGAAUCCCCAAUUUCUGGGCGAUGACAUUUAUCAACCAUCCAGAAGUGUCUGCCCUGCUUGGGGAGGAAGAUGAAGAGGCGCUGCAUUAUCUGGCAAGAGUUGAGGUGACGGAAUCUGAAGAUAUCAAGUCAGGGUUCAGAAUCGAUUUCUAUUUUGACGAAAACCCUUACUUCGAAAAUAAAGUUCUCUCCAGAGAAUUUCGUCUGAGUGAGUACGGUGAGCCGUCCUCAGAGUUCACUGAAGUCAAAUGGAAACCUGGGAAGGAUCUGACGAAACGUCCAAGUCAAAUGCAGGAUAAAGGCGGCCGGAAGAGAAAGUAUGAGGAACCAGAGAGCUUUUUCACCUGGUUCACUGACCGUUCUGAUGCGGAUGCCGAUGUGUUAGGAGAGCUCAUCAAAGAGGAUAUCUGGCCAAAUCCACUGCAGUACUACUUGCUUUCUGAUUCGGAUGACGAAGAAGGGGAAGAAGAUGAUGACGAUGACGACGAUGAUGUCGAUAACAACCAGGAGGAAGGGGAAGAAGAGGAGGAAGGUGAAGAAGAGGAGGAGGAAGGUGAAGAAGAGGAGGAGGAAGGUGAAGAAGAUGAAGAGGAGGAAGGUGAAGAAGAUGAAGAGGAGGAAGAAGGAGACGACGAGGGGGAAGGAGACGACGAGGGGGAAGAAGGAGACGACGAGGGGGAAGAAGGUGACUAA